GUAAUCCUUCUUUUAUUUUGGUUCUCCAAAAACAUGCUUAAAAAUUGUUUGACAGGGAACAAAAGCAUGGCACAUUUGGCGUUUAGAUCGGGGAAUAGUACUGUAGUGGACUUCUCCCCCUUUUCCCGACCUACCAUGUCGAAUAAAUUUCAAAUCAAAUCAUUAUAAAAUAAAAAAUCCAAAAUUUACCUGUACUCUUGCCGUGCUUUAGAGGAUAAAAUCUUUCUGAUGCCCUUUGUACGACGAGAUCGGACCAGACAGGUAAAAAGGAAAAUGGAUUCACCGGACACGCCAAACCUUACUUGUGUGAAGAAGAAUCAGACAAAAUCAGCUUCGCUACUACAUCCGGCCCGACUCGUCGACCCGGAAUCUGAGCCCGGCAAAAAAAGAGUCAAAAGCGGUGACCGUUCUACCCGGUCUCUCUUCCACUCUCUCUCAUCCAAGCAGGUCGUUUCUAUUCUAAUGGCAGUUGGCAAGCAUUUAGUGUAUGCUCUCCCUCUCCCUGCCUCUGUGUAGUGUAUAUAUCUACCUGUAUAUACUAAGUCUCUUCUCAUUUCAAAAUUCUUGCAAUUUUCUCACAGAUGAGUAGCAUUUCAGCGUAAUCUCGCUGCAGAACUGGAAUUUUCGGCAACUGAAUCCCCUGUUUGUACUGUAAUCUCACUCUGAGAGAAGACGCAUUUCGUCUCCCUGCUCUUUAGCGCCGUUUAUGUGUUCACACUACCUUUAUCGAGCAAUUUUUACGGAGCUCAAAGAGUUACUUAGUUGAUCCCUAUUGUUCGUUGGAUAAGAGUACAUAUUGCGUUAACGAAAUCAUGGGGACUGGAAUAUGUUCUACUCGGGUAUUAUUACCUUUUUGUGAGGAGAGUGGCGAUGAAGAACUGUCUGUUCUUCCAAGGCACACAAAAGUCAUUGUGACAGGAAACAAUAGAACAAAGAGUGUUCUGCUGGGACUGCAGGGUGUUGUCAAGAAGGCUGUUGGACUAGGCGGUUGGCAUUGGCUGGUUCUGAAGAAUGGUGUUGAAGUGAAGCUCCAAAGGAAUGCUCUGAGUGUGCUUGAGGCUCCCACUGGAGAUGAAGAAGAUGAUGAUUAUGACUUUAAUGACUCUAGCAGUGGUUCUGAAGUUGGUGAAAAAGCCAAUCAUCAUUUUUCAACUGGUGGUGUUGAGUUUAGAAAGGUUAGCCACCCAAGGGUUCGUUACACUCGGCCAUGGGUUCCGCCUACAUCUGCAAAAUCAAUCAGCCGUUGUAGCAACAAAGGCGUCGAAACUAAAUAUUGUCGUGUGUAUCAACAGCAAACUGUAAAUACUCCCAACCCCACCAAGGCUCAACUGGUCAGCGCGGUCCAGCGACAUUUUGCUUCACAGCGAGUUGACGAGGUGCAAGUGGUGGUGGAGUUCAUCCGCGCCGCAAAAAGACUGAGAUCAGCUCACCUGCGCUGAGAUUGAUUGAUUGGUUUAAGACUCGUGUGAUUGGAUUCUAUAACAAAUUUAUGUAAGCAUGUAUAUAUACUGUAAAUACGUCUAAACACUAACUUAGUUUUCUGUUGCUAAUCUUAAACCUGGUAAGCACUAAUUGAGAUGGAGUGGCUGUGCAGUGGGAGCUUCUUUACCACCUCACUCCCAUAGUCCCAUCUCCUCUCUUGGACACUAACCUUGUAUUAAUAUCUUCUGCAUUUGACUCGGCUUGUCUUAUGUAGUAUAUAUAACCCUUCUAUGUCUUCUAAUCUUUAAUAUAUAUCCCUUAUUCCC